ACAUCGAUACAUGAGCGUUGGGAAAGACAGACGACCAUCGUCAGUGCGUGGCUCCGAAGAUAUUGCACAGCCACCGACGCUGUGAUCUUCCGCGUGGCGCUGUUUGUGGAGUCCAGUGGUUUGAUUGACGUGAUGUCAUCGGAAGCGGCAUCUGGGAUGGACGUUGACGGCGGGGCAGGGCGCGGCGGUUUGACGACGGCGGAGAGGAUGGCUAUUGCUGCGGUGGUUAAUGUCGUCCUCUUCCGCUGCCAGAUGGCGAGCAAUGACGCGGUCUUCAAAGCGGCUGUUCGUGCACGGCGCAAGCUGUUGGCGCUUCCGACGACUGGGCAGUGCUUGGAUGUGGCUGCCAUUUCCGACGCGGUGCUGGAGGUCUGCUACGCGAUGGGGUGCGGGGUUUUUCCAAGGGCGACUCCACGGUGGUGGGUGAAGCGGCGAACGGGCGGCACGUGGGAGGAUCUGUGCCAAUGUGAUGACGCAACGGAUGAUUACUUCAAGGAGAAGCUUCGAAUGUUGCCUCGUGUUUUCCGCGAGAUUGCAGAGACUCUUUCCCCGCUCCUUCAACGCCGUGUGACGUUCUACAGGGUGCCUUUGCAGCCAGACCACAUAAUUGCCUAUGCACUGUACAAGUGGGCCACUGGGGAGACGUACGACAACGGGACGUGUAGCUUCGGCAUCGGGAGGGCUUCUGGCACACGGCGGUGCGUGACGUGACGGCGGCGUUGCUGACUGCUUACCCCGA